AUGUCAGAAUCUUCAUCAAUUAUUCAAUUGGAGUGCCAAUGCAACAACUAUCCAUGGGGUCGUCAAGGUAAGGAGUCUUUAGCAGCAAAGUAUGCAGCUUCUACUCCAGGAGGCAAAUUCAAGCUUGAUGAGAGUCAAGAAUACGCAGAGAUGUGGAUGGAAACCUAUCCGACUACACCAUCUCUCAUCUUGUCAAACGGCAAAGACUUACAAGAGCAUCUCAAUGCCAACAAGGAGAAGCUGAUCGGGAAACCAAUACUCGACAAAUUUGGAGCAGAUAUCCUUUCAAUAGCUAAAGCCUUACCUCUUCAAAUCCAUCCAGACAAGAAGCUUGCGGCUAAGCUUCAUGAACAAGACCCCGAGAAGUUCGGCGACACAAACCACAAACCCGAAAUUGCCGUUGCCCUUGGAAAAUUCGAGGUUUUCGUUGGAUGGAAACCUCUUUCUGAUAUCCAAUCGCUUUUCACUAGCAUCCCAGUUCUCACCUCCAGAUUCCUCUCUUCCUCCUCCGACACCAUGGACAAAGACACAUUGAAAUCCAUCGUCCACAAAAUCCUCUCUCUCUCCGAUGAGGAAAUAAAAUCCAUCUACAACACCCUCAAAGACACCCCAUCCUCAAAAUUCCCUACCUCACCAUACAUUCCCGCCCUGUUACCCCGCCUCGCCGAUCAAUACUCCGCCUCGGACCCCGGCAACCUCGUCGCCCUCCUCACAAUGAACUAUCUCAUUCUCCAAAAAGGCGACGCCAUCUACGUCCCCGCAGACGGUAUCCACGCCUACCUCUCCGGUGACAUCGUAGAAUGUAUGGCACGCUCCGAUAACGUUUUAAACACUGGGUUCUGUCCCCGUGCCGACCGCGACUCUGUUGAUUUAUUCAGCGCCGCGCUGACAUUUUCCCCCGUCGGAAAAGAUGAAUGUAUACUCAAGCCUACAUCAAGCUCUAAGGGUAAGAAUGGCAAGACCAAGGUCCUAGCACCACCAAUGAGCGAAUUCGAUAUGUUAGUUUUAGAGCUCCAAAAGGGAGAAAAGGAAACGAUUGAGAAGCUGGGAGGACCCAGUAUCAUGGUUGUUACCGGUGGUAAAGGAACUAUGAAAGCGGGAGGAGAAAAGUUCGAGGUGAAGGAAGGAUAUGUAUUCUUUGUGGGAGUAGGCACCGAGUUGGAGUUUGAAGCUGAGGAGGGAUUGGAGGCACAUAUUGCUUUUUGUGAAGCGUAG